GGCGCGGUUUUUGUACAGUAAUACAGUGUAAUAGUUAGAGCAUCAAACAUUAUUCUUUGCGUUUACGUUUUUAGAUAGCAUACCUACUUUGGGAGCAUUCGUUUUACAAAUAUCGUGACCAUUUAUUUCAAGAAAACGUGUUGACAACGGUCGUUUACCUGAAAUAUAUGCGUCUUGGAAGGCAAACUUCCUGAAAAUCCACAAAUUGGAUUAAGAAAAGCCGUCUGUCAUAGUUAGCUGCCCUGUUAGCCAGCCACCUAGCUAAAUUAGCUAGCAUCUGUGAGGGAUCAAGUUCUACUCCGUUUCGCCUUGGCAGUUGCACGCAGUAUCAGAUUGUAAUCAUUUUAUUGCAAUAGUCGUUUUUGCUAACCAACCGUAUUGCAUGUUUUCCAGUUUAUGCGAGGUCAGGUAGCCUAGUUACAUAGAGUUCCCAGCUAGCUAACCAGCCAAGCUAUCUUCUAAUAAUCAUGGAGUACCAAGGGGAUAAUCUUUCGUCUAGUAUUCGAGAAAAACUUCAACGGAAGAAGGGGUUCAACGCUGGACUUGGGGGUUCGUCUGGAGGCGAGGAUGGAGAACGUAAACCAAAGUUUCAAUUACACGUUAAAAACAUUAAGGAUGAUGUGCUGGACAGGUUCGCCAGCAUCCGUAUCCCGGGCGCAAAGAAGGAUCGUCCGCACCUCGCCACCGUGAAAAACUCCUCUGAUUGUUCAUCCUCCUCCGCCGCAGAGUUUGAGGAGCUGUCCUCCAAGAUCACCUCAGAGAAGGAGAUCCUUGGCCUCUUCGAGAAGAUGAUGGAGGACAUGAACCUGAAUGAGGACAAGAAGGCCCCGCUGAGAGAGAAAGACCUCAACACCAAGAGAGAGAUGGUCAUCCAGUACAUCAUCACUGCCUCCAAAACAGGCAGCUUGCGAAGCAGCCAUCAGAUCGCCCCUCAGGAGUUCCUGGGGGAGCUGAAGUCAGGGGUGACUGACGAACGCCUCAUGGCCUGCCUCGACUCUCUCCGAGUCUCCCUCACCAGCAACCCUGUCAGCUGGGUGCAGAGUUUUGGCCAUGAGGGACUCGGAUUGCUGUUGGACACACUGGAGAAGUUACUCCACAAGAAGCACCAAGAUAAGCUUGACAGGAAGAGCCAGCAUAAAGUCAUCCAGUGCCUGAAAGCCUUCAUGAACAACAAGUACGGCCUGGAGCGUAUCCUGGGCGAGGAGAAGAGCCUAACCCUGCUGGCUCGAGCCAUAGACCCCACCCAGCCAUCCAUGAUGACUGACGUGGUCAAGCUGCUCUCCGCCAUCUGCAUUGUGGGCGAGGAAAACACUUUAGAGAAGGUCCUUGAAGCCAUCACCACAGCGGGGGAACGCAGGGCCAUCGAGAGGUUCAGCCCCAUCGUGGAAGGACUCCGAGAUCGCUCCGUCCAAUUACAAGUGGCCUGCAUGCAACUCAUCAAUGCGCUGACGACGUCUCCAGAUGAGCUGGACUGCCGGCUCCACGUCAGGAACGAGUUUAUGCGCUCCGGCCUCAGAGAGAUACUGCCGCACCUGGCGGUGGUUAAGAAUGAUGCUCUGGACAUACAGCUCAAGGUGUUUGAAGAGCACAAGGAAGAGGAUAUGCUGGAGUUCUCACACCGGCUGGAGGACAUCAAGAGUGAAAUGGAUGAUGUGGGUGAUGUGUUCAACGUGGUCCAGAGCAUGGUGAAGGACAGUGGGGCGGAGACAUAUUUCCUCUCCAUACUGCAGCACCUCAUGCUCAUCAGGAACGACUACUUUGUCCGGUCUCAGUACUUUAAGAUCAUAGAUGAAUGUGUUUCUCAGAUUGUCCUCCAUCGCAGUGGGACUGACCCGGACUUCACCUAUCGAAAACGCCUCGACGUUGACUUCACACACCUUCUGGAGGUGUGUGUGGACAAGGCUCGGGUUGAGGAGUGUGAGCAGAGAACGGCAGAGUUGGCGCUAAAGUUUGAUGAGGAGUAUCUGGGCCGACAGGAGGCACAGGCUCAGCUCUUGAGUUGUGAGGAGAAGAUCAAUGAACUGCAGGCGGAGCUUCUGGCCUUCAGGUCUCAGUUUGGAGCAGUACCCGUGGGGAUAUCACAGUCCGUGUUCCCUCCCUCCUCCUGCUCCUCCUAUCCCCCUGUGCCUCCCCCUGCUCCCUCUGGUCCAGGAGGCCCCAUGCCACCCCCUCCUCCUCCUCCACCUCUACCUGGCUGUGGACCCCCUCCCCCACCAGGAGUGCCUCCCCCGUUUGGCUGUGCCCCCCCUCCCCCUCCCCUUGGUUUCGGAGGUCUGGGCUCUCCUACCCAUCAUUCCCUGCCUUUUGGCCUCCGGCCCAAGAAGGAGUUCAAGGUUGAGACUUCCAUGAAGCGUUUCAACUGGUCCAAGAUUCGGCCACAGGAGAUGUCUGAGAGCUGUUUCUGGGUGAUAGCUGAUGAGGAACGCUAUGAGAGUCGGGACCUCCUUGACAGGCUGGCUCAAACCUUCGGCUCCUACAGACCAGAAAUGAAAGACUGUGAGGACAGCGAGCCUCCAGAGGCACCACCCAUGCAGGAUGGGCAGGCUCUAGAGGCACAGAGAUCCAUCAAGAAAAGGAUCAAACAGCUGAAGGUGCUGGACCCAAAGAUCGCCCAGAACCUGUCCAUCUUCCUGGGGUCAUUCAGGAUGCCUUACGAGGAGAUCCGACGGGCCAUCCUGGAGGUGGAUGAUGAGCAGCUCACUGAUCCCAUGAUCCAGAACUUGGUGAAACACCUCCCUGAACAGGAGCAGCUCAAUGCUUUGUUGAAGUAUAAAAACGACUACAACAGCCUGUCUGAACCAGAGCAGUUUGGAGUAGUGAUGAGCAGUGUGAAGCGUCUCCGGCCUCGUCUCAACUCCAUCCUCUUUAAGCUGCAGUUCGAGGAGCAGGUCAACAACCUCCGGCCAGACAUCAUGGCGGUUAACGCCGCCUGUGAAGAGGUGAGGAAGAGCAAGGCCUUCAGCCAGCUGCUGGAACUGGUUCUCCUGAUGGGGAACUACAUGAACGCCGGGUCCCGCAACGCACAGAGCUUCGGCUUCGAUCUCAGCUCGCUGUGCAAGCUGAAGGACACCAAGUCAGCUGACCAGAAGACUACGCUGCUCCACUUCCUGGCGUCCCUGUGUGAGGAGGACUUUCCCGAGGUCAUCAAGUUCUCGGAUGACCUGCAGCACGUGGAGCGGGCCAGCAGAGUGUCAGCGGAGGCCCUGGAGAAGAACCUAGCUCAGAUGGAGCGACAACUGGUCCAACUGGAAAGAGAUCUGGAUACAUUCUCCUCUCCUGAUGACCCUGAUGACCUCUUUACCAGCAAGAUGACCAGCUUUGCCAGGUUGGCCAGAGAACAGUACCACAAGCUGCGGAUCAUGCAUGGCAACAUGGGAACCCUUUACCAGAACAUGGUAGAGUACUUCGCCAUUGACCCUAAGAAGACCUCCGUUGAGGAGCUCUUCACAGACCUCAGCAACUUCAGAACCAUGUUUGUGCAAGCGUUAAAGGAGAACGGCAGAAGGAGAGAGGCUGAGGAGAAGCUGAGGAGAGCGCGGGUGGCCAGGGAGAAGGCGGAGCGUGAGAAGCAGGAGAGACAGCAGAAGAGGAGACUGGUGGAGGUUAAUGCUGAGAACAGUGAUGAGACAGGAGUGAUGGAUAGUUUGCUAGAGGCGUUGCAGUCUGGAGCAGCAUUCAGAGACCGUCGGAAGAGAGCGCCCCGGCCUCGAGAUGAUCGGACCUUCAUCAGUCCCAGUUCAUACCGUCAGGUUCUGAGGCCUUGUAAUCAUGAAAACACAAAGACACCCUUACAAAGGUCGCGGUCCCGGCAGAAUAUCAAUGUGAGUUCAGCGGCGAUGUCGGCCGUCGCCUGGAGAGGAGCUCCGCCUGCCAGGGAGUCUCGUUACAACACCGAGGGACAUCCAUCUGACACUACAGGGUUUACCGCGGCCAGGAGCAGGGGCCCGCCACGCAGAGAGCCCGGGGGGUGCAGGCCCAUCGGCCUGGACCGGGAGAGGGGGAGGGAGAAAGACGGGGGGGAGGAGAAAGGGAGGGAGAAGGAGAGAGAGGUGCAAGGAGAGAGAGAGCCCCCGGUAACCUGUAUCACCAACACCAACGGAGACUCUGAUGUGGAAUCCCUGCUGGCCAGACUGAGAGCUCUGUGAUUGGUCCCCGUCCAAGCCCGCCAUUAUAUCAGCCACACCUCCAGAUCUGGCUGAAUCUAACACGCACUCCGACACACACUUCCAGCCACGCCUCUCAAGAAAUGAACAGACCCCAGCCAGCACCUCGUAACAGUUUGCUCCUGAACCCCUCAAGGAGCAGACCACGGCGGGCCGCCUCUUUACAGCGACACACAUCUCCCUCUCCUCUCCAAAGUGACACAAUUAACCUUCUCCAGACUCCUGCUCCACUGACCUUUCUCUCCCAAGUCAGUGGAAGAAAUAACAAACUAUUAAAAUGCCCUUUUUUUUUUUUUUUUUUUUGCAGAGUAUGUGGAAGUGGACACCAAGGGUCCGGAAAUAGCAAUGUUUUUGUCGUUGUGAGACACAAUAAAGCUGGAUUCAUGUCAUUAACACAGGACUGCCAAGACGUGGGUCCUUCUCGGCUCAUUCUGGAGAGACUGUUGUCUGGUUCCAGUAUUGAUGGUCAUUUCUGUUCACUUGCACUCUGCUUAGUAUUUAUUGCUUGUUUGUUGUCUUAAUGUGUUGCAUCACACGCUCUGGCUUUGGACCAUGUAGUAUCAAACAUUUUCACUUUUCUUUUUAUAUUCAUAUCAACUGAAUUCUAGUAGGAGGGGUCCUUUAAAGUUUAUUUGCUUUUUUGUCAGAUCAUUGGUUUUCUGGUUUUACAUUUUCUCUGUUCAUUCCUCAUCCAUUUUAAAGGUUUUAUAGUGGGAUCUUUCUAUGCAAGACCUCUAAAUACAAAUGAAUGUUCACAUCUAAUAUAUAUAUGUACACUUUAUAAAUAUAAACUAUUUUAUCUUAAUGCUCAACCAGCAGCAUGAAGUGGUUGUCUUUUUCUAUUUGGGUUUUCCUUUCUGCUUGUGUCAAUGUGUUUCUACACUAAAAUCUCUAAUGUAUUUUGAUUAUUUACUUGUAUAAUGGACCAUUUCAUCUGUUUGUCUUUGUGUCUGAGUGGGAGGGAGUUCAAUCUGCAUCUGGAUCUGAAAUGCUGAGAUGGACUGACAGACAGAUGGAUGACAUCACUGUCAGUGCGAAUAACUGUCUCCACAUCAGUACCAUGUCAUUUCAUCCAAAUGCCUCAAUUUGAGGGAAGAUCAUGAUCUCCAAUUCUCUCUGAUUCUGUGAUCUACAACUCUUUCUGUCUCUGAUUCUAUUUCUGUGAUCUACAACUCUUUCUCUGAUUCUAUUUCUGUGAUCUACAACUCUCUGAUUCUAUUUCUGUGAUCUCCAACUCUCUGUCUCUGAUUCUAUUUCUGUGAUCUACAACUCUUUCUCUGAUUCUAUUUCUGUGAUCUACAACUCUCUGAUUCUAUUUCUGUGAUCUCCAACUCUCUGUCUCUGAUUCUAUUUCUGUGAUCUACAACUCUCUGUCUCUGAUUCUAUUUCUGUGUUUUUCUUGUUUUCUAAAAAUAUGUUAUCGUAUUUCUAGGCUUCUACACAUCCUUUGUUUAGUUGGAAAAUACACAUUUUAUAGGAACAUUUCUAAUAAAAAUGAAAUAUGUUUGUCAUGUUUCUGUGUGUGUAUCCGGGACGGUCUUCUCUAUGUACAGACACUGAAUUUAUUUCUAUUUAAAAACAUUUGCCCUUCAAUUCCGCACAACACACAGAUGGUUUUCCACUUAAAAGAAGUUAUAAACCUUGCAUUCCAGAGAGAGA